CACCGCCACCAUGUUGGAUCAGGAAGUAGGCAGAGCCGAAGCAGGAAUCCCGAGCUGAGCUUACCGUCAGCGGCCGUGUCUCUUCUCGGUCGACCGUUUCACCGUUCUCACCUUUAAUAUUCAGGUUACAUGCUGCGUGGCCUCCUGGCUGGUCGAGGUAGGCGCUUUUCUUCGGAUUUGAUCGUUGUGCAGCCCCAGCUAUGACCACUCUGACGCAUCGAAACUCGGGCCUCGUCCAGCGGAGGACCGAGGCCAUUCGCAGCGCCGCCGCCGACAGAGAGAGGGAGUCCGACGGGGAGGAGGACGAGGCGCGCCGCGGGGAGGAGGCGGACGACGACGACAAGGGGGACUCGAAGGAAACCAGGCUCACGCUGAUGGAGGAAGUGUUGCUCUUGGGCCUCAAGGAUCGAGAGGGAUACACGUCUUUCUGGAACGACUGUAUUUCUUCCGGGCUUCGCGGAUGUAUGUUGGUCGAGCUGGCCCUCCGAGGGAGGCUGCAGCUGGAGCCCUGCGGUGUGAGGAGGAAAAGCCUGCUCUCCAGGAAGGUGAUCUGCAAGUCAGACGCCCCGACAGGAGAUGUGCUACUGGACGAGGCCUUGAAGCACAUUAAAGAAACCCAGCCUCCAGAGACUGUCCAGAGCUGGAUAGAGCUGCUGAGUGGAGAGACCUGGAAUCCCCUGAAGCUGCACUACCAACUGAGAAACGUUAGGGAGCGUCUGGCGAAAAACCUGGUCGAGAAAGGUGUCCUUACUACAGAGAAACAGAACUUCCUGCUUUUUGACAUGACCACACAUCCGCUCACCAACAGCAUCAUUAAACAGCGUCUCGUCAAAAAGGUCCAGGAAUCCGUUUUGGAUAAGUGGGUCAACGAUCCCCACCGCAUGGACAAGCGGGUUCUGGCCCUGAUCCUUCUGGCCCACUCAUCCGACGUUCUUGAGAAUGCCUUCGCCCCGCUCCAAGACGACCAGUACGACCUGGGCAUGAAGAGAGUCCACACUCUGCUGGAGCUGGAGCCGGAGAAAGAGAGCGCAAAGCCCAAUGUGAACGAACUUAUGUGGGCCGUGGUGGCUGCAUUCACUAAAUGAAUACACCUGAUAUGGUUGGACUGCAAGAUCUGGCUAUGGUCUGUGUUAUUUAAUUGGUUGAAGGACUUCACUUAAUGAGACAAUCUAUUUUGGUUGGGGAGCCUGUUUGUACAUCUAUUCCAGAUGACAUUUUGGUGGCAGUCCAUGUUAUCUCAGUGCAAUCUGAUUGGUGGUGGGCUUCCCCAAGUAACAUUUGGUUGGUUGGAACAGUCUCUAAAUGAAAAAUGACUGGCUGCUUCACACAGUGAGGUAUAUUAUCUGCUGCUGCGGGGCUGGAUAUACUUCUAAACGUCAACACUACAAACAGAUGGGUUUCUGUUCAUGUUAGAUGACAUCAAAGAACAAAGCAGAUGGCAGCAGUAGUCAUGGUGAAUAUGAAGAUUUUGACUGGGGCCAAGUUUCCCUUCUUCACAAAGGAAACAUCAUCUCUACAUUACUACAAGAUGUGGCCAGAAUCAAAUCCUGGUUUCGUCUCCAUACUCUCCCACAUGCUUAUGCAAGGAUAAAGGAUAGCAAGUCACACUGCUAUCGAUGCUCUUUGCACUCGUGCAGGUCUCCUGCUUCCACCUAUUCAUUCCCACUUGUGUUGGGAGUACAUGCUCUAGGGUUACUGUUAGAAUAGACUACCUGAAUGUUUUACUGAGUCACUCUGUCUUCUCAUUAAUUCUCUUUCCUCCUUUUUUUCCUCAAUGCAUUUUGAGGAGGAAAUGGAGGACACACAUAAACGCCUGCAUCCUUUAGAGUGAGGCGGGUAAUUUGGCCCUCGUAGAUUCUGACCAAAAUGAAGAAUUGAAGUUUGAGUCUAACUAAAUUGUUGAUCGUAUUAGUUGAAAUGGGUCCAUUCUGUGUUUAUAGAAUGAGACUAGUCUUCCAUUUCUGUUUAUGUUGCUAGUCGAUGCUUGGAGUAGCCUGCCAUUUAUCAACUAUUUUGCACAGUCAGUAGCCCUGUAAGUAGGAGCGUAUUUAUAGGGAUGAUUCUUGGGUUGAUCAACACACUUGAGAAGAUGGGAUUGAGAGUUAUGAACCUUAAUCACCACGGGGAAAAAAGAUCUCAUUCAUUUUGUCUACAGUUAUUAAUCUUUAUAAAUACUUUAAAAUCAUUCCUUUGGAUAGUGUGAGUUGGGAUGUAAAAACAAACAGCGAUCAAUACGUUCUGAUUUGGAUCGCUGUGACAGCCUACACAGACUUACAUCAUGAUCAGUUUCUUUUAUAAAUGGGGUGGGACAUGUUAGCCGAACUGGCUAGUUUCAAUUCAGAAAACCAUAAAGGGUCGAUUCAUCCAAAUGUUUUACAAAAAAAUCUCACUCAACAGUAGUGGUAUAUAGCAGUGGAGAUAGUUUUAUUUCUCAGAGGUAUCAGCCUCUAUCUUUAUACAACAAGGUUAAAUGGAAUUUCCUUUUAAGAUGCUCAUCGGCAGUAAAAAAAAAAAAAAAAUGUAGAAGCAACAACUCUCCCUGGAGUUUCCACAGAUCCACAAUAUUUACUGUAAACUGUUUUUCUUAAAACUACUUUGCACUAAAAGGAUAAAUGAUCUGUUAACAGCAUGUCCCGGGGAUUGAAUACAGACCAACAGACUGAGACAAUGAUUUGUUUUUUUCUUGGGUGAGCCGACCCUUUAAAGUUUCCCUCUUGCAUUAUAUUGUAUCUAUCAGUUUGUAUGUCAUGUCAUAACUACGUGUUAUUUCUAUCUAAUAGGCCCAGGCGGGCAUGUUAUAUCGUUUCAUUCAUGCAGGUGGUGGGAGGGUUACUGUGGCCCCAGAUAAAUCCUCAUUAAAGACUCAAACUGUUGAAAAACAUGCUAAUCUAUUGGAACAAAAACGAUCUCUAGUCAUGCUUUGGUGCAGAUCUGGGAGCGCUUCUGUUUCCAAUAUAAAAUGAUGAUUGUAAACAUUUUGGUCUGAUGAGUGUGAUCUGUGUGUAAAGUUUCAUCACCUUCUUUUUCAUGGCAUACUUAAAGUUCUGUCUUUUCUUUCUACCAACAAUAUACCAGUAGGUAUGAAGAACUGUUGAGCUCUGUUUACAGCUAAGAGACCAUGCAUGCUUUUGGUGGAGGGCUGGGAUACUUGUGGAUGUAGCUACAGAGAAAAGGCUUGUAUGUAAUUAUUAGUCAUUUUAUGUGUACGAUCUAAUGGAAUUCAAUGAAAGGGAUCUUCUCUCCUAUCCUCUAUAAUUCUGUAUGCUUUUGUAUUACCACACAAAAUAAAGUAAGGAUCCUUUAAGUGCCUGAAUUUA